AUGCAGCUCAAGUAUCGAAACGCCUGGCUUUUCAGCGCUUUUGCCGCUCUCGGAGCAUGUAUCUAUGGUUAUGAUGGGGUGUACUUCAAUGGAGUUACUGCGCUGGAUGUCUUCAUUCGCCAUUUCGGCUCCCAUAGGAGGGAUGGUUCUUACGCGAUAUCACCAUCGCAACUCUCGACCAUGACUUCGAUGAUCAACCUCGGCGAGCUCGUUGGCUCGCUAAUGGCAGCACCGCUCAACGAGCGAUUCGGCAGGAGGCCUGUAUUCGUGAUUGCGGCAGUUGUACUCGUAAUCGGGAUAGUGAUGCAGCUGGCUGCAACUUCUAGUGUCGCACUGAUUACAUCUGGUCGAGCUGUUAUGGGGUGGGGUGUUGGAGCCUUCUCUGCGACAUCUCCGAUGUAUAUGGCUGAAGUGGCGCCGACUGCGAUACGUGGCCCUCUGCUCAUGUGUUGGCAGCUGACCUUGUCAGUCUCACAGAUUCUCGCCGCCGUGAUUAACAAAGGCGUUGCGGAUAAUAGCACAACGCUGGCCUACCGGUUACCGAUUGGGUUCCAAUUGAUCUUUCCAGCACUCGUACUCGCUCUCGUCUGGUUUGUGCCAGAGUCUCCACGAUGGCUCUUGCGAAUUGGUCGUGACCAGAAAGCCGAAGGAGCACUGGUUCACAUACACGGCGAGGACAGAUCGUAUAGUCCGCAAAGCGAUUUGACGCAGAUACAAGAAGUUCUUCGAGAGGAGGCCGAGUUGUCCGCAGAGUCAUCUUGGAUAUCCUUGAUUACCGAUCCGAUCGAAAGGCGCAAACUCAUUUUUUCAGCCGGUGCUUUGGUGGCCCAGCAGAUCAAUGGCAUUCAAUGGUUCUACUAUUUUGGCACGGUGUUCUCCAAGGCCAUCGGACUAAAAGAUCCAUUCUUGAUGACAAUAAUUGUCUUCACUAUCCAAGUCGUCACAGUGUUUGCAGCCGUUUUGUGCGCCAACAGGAUUCCAAGGAGGCCUUUGUUGCUCUCGACCACUAUAAUGAUGACCAUUUCCAUCUUCAUAGUCGGCGGACUCGGAAUACCGGGUGGAGAGGUCAGCCGAACAUUCGGCAAGGUGAUUAUUUCUUUUGUGAUUAUCGAGAUCACAGCUUUCAAUUUCGCCUGGGGACCUUUGGGAUGGACAAUCGCUUCUGAAAUGGCCGUUGGUCGUAAUCGAGCCAAGAUUUACGCCGUUGCCGUGGGCGCAUUCUGGGUGACGGUGUGGGCAACUGUGUUCACCCUGCCGUAUUUGUACUACUCGGCUGAUCUUGGACCCAAGACUGGUUUUGUGUACACUGGACUUUGCUUCAUCACGCUGGCAUACGUCUAUUUUUGCGUUGGUGAAGUUACCGGGCGGAGCAUGGAAGAUAUCGAGUACUUUUUCGCACAAAACAUUCCUGCGAAACGAUGGAAAGAUCAACCAAGGAAUGAAUGGGUCGAGCCGACAGUAGAGCUCAAAAUCGUCGAAACAGGCAAGCAAUGA